AUGAAUGCAAUGCGUGCAAUUUUAAUCAGAGAAUUCGGUGAUGCCAGCGUAUGUAAAUUAGUAAGGGAUGUGCCAAUUCCUGAUAUUCAACCACGAGAAGUUUUAAUUCGUGUACAUGCUGCCGGUAUUAAUCCAGUAGAUACAUACAUUCGAUCUGGUACAUAUAGUCGUCGACCGACUUUACCAUACAUACCAGGACUUGACUCAUCUGGUGUUAUCGAACGAGUUGGUAUCGAUGUUACAAAGUUUAAGGCUGGAGAUCGAGUUUUCACAGUCAACACUGUCACAGGCACUUAUGCUGAAUAUUGUGUUGCUCGUGCUGAUUUUGUCUUUCCCUUGCCGCCAAAUGUUUCAUAUGAACAAGGUUCAGCUCUCGGCGUACCCUAUUUCACUGCUUAUCGGGCACUUAUUUUCAAGUAA